AAGAAACGUCAAUUGAAGCAACUAGACGGUGAUGUGUUCAGUGAUUGAAUGUAAAAUUUAAAAUAAUGUUGAAAUUAAUCACCUUCAUUUUCAUAAUCGUGACCGUCAAUGCAGCAGAAAGAAUCAACAAUAAUUUAAUUUAUAAAAAUGUGGAUAGAACUAUAGAUUUAACGUCACAGUUAGUAAAAAUCACCAGCACCAUAACUCUUGAAAAUGCCGGCGCAGACCCUAUCAAGAAUUUUCUACUGGCGGAGCAACCAAGUUUAGUUGGGCAAGUAGCAUUUAAAGGUGCCAAAGACUCAGCCAAGCAAGAUUUAAACAUUUUAACAGCCCAAGUAGAAAACCAGAGUGAUAAGAAAUUCCACAAAGUUAUAUUGAGACAAAAUUUGGAACCUGGCCGUACUGCAACAGUGGUGGUUGAAGAAAUACUCAUUAAAAGUUUAAUUCCAUAUCCAAAUAGCAUUUCUCAAAAAGAGAAGCAGUUAGUAAGGUAUUUUGGUAAUCAUUAUAUUUAUACACCAUACACAGUGGUUAAACAAAAAACUGAUGUUACAUUAAGCUCUAGAAGUAUUGAAAAUUAUUCUAAAUUGAAACCAGUUACUCAAACAGAUAGUACAAUACAUUAUGGACCAUAUGGAGAAAUUGCAGCCUUUGCUGUGGAUGAACUAUCAGUUCAUUAUGAAAACAAUGCUCCAUUCUUGACAGUUGUCCAUCUAGAUAGAACAAUUGAAAUAUCUCACUGGGGUAACAUUGCUGUGGAAGAGCAAAUUGAAAUUAAACACACAGGAGCUACAUUAAAAGGGCCAUUUUCAAGAUAUGAUUACCAAAGAGAUACCAGUAGUACACAUCACAGUAUUAAAUCAUACACUACUGUUUUACCAGCCACUGCUCAUAGCAUUUAUUAUAGAGACAGCAAUGGUAACAUUUCUACUUCAGCUGUGAAACACCGUAAGGAUUGGAUAGAACUUGAAUUAAGACCAAGAUUCCCACUUUUUGGAGGUUGGCAAAGUUCUUAUACUCUUGGCUACAGUGUUCCCAGUUACCAGUACCUUUUCAAGGCUGAAAAUGGAGAUAAUGUAUUAGCCAUGAGGCUCAUUGACCAUGUUUUUGAUGAUAUGUAUGUUGAAGAAGUUGUUACUAAUGUAGUCCUUCCUGUUGGAGUCACUGAUAUCAAAAUUCGACCACCCUAUGAUGUUGAGAGACUAUCAGAUGAUGUUACUUACAAAUAUUUAGACAACCUUGGGCGUAAAGUUAUAAGACUGAAAAAAAGGGACCUGAUUGAACAACACAUUCAAGAUUUGGAAAUCACCUAUAAAUGGAAACCACAGUUGUUGUUACAUGAACCUUUGCUGUUAUCAUUAGCACUCUUCAUUUUGUUUGUAGCUGUAAUUAUUUGGGUCAGACUGGACUUUUCACUUGCAGUGCCUGAGCAUAGCAAAAGAGAAUAACUUUUUGUACAUGUAUAUUAACAUUUUUUGUUAAAUAAAUUAUAAGAUUGUA